AUGGGUGAUUCGAGCGUUGCUUUCAAAGGAUCAAAUCCAUCACUCAGUUCAAAACCUCCUGCCACAUUGGAAAUGUUGUACACGGCUGAAGUGAGAGGAAGGAGGUCAGAUGGUAGAGGUCUCAGAAUGGUAAAGGCUCUUACCACUCCGAAUGGUGGUGGUGAUGACGAAAUUGCUCCAACAAGAGCAUUUGAUUCAGGAUCGUUGAAUGAGGGAAAAGAAACGAAUAACAUUGUAGUGGUUAAAAUGAUUGAAUUCGGUAAGUUUCUUCGUAGCACACCGUGUGGUGUGUUCACGGAUUGA